AUGGGGCGUAUUGCUACGGUGGAUGCCUUGAGUCGAAGAAAUUGUCUUAGUGGGGAUAUUACGUGUGUCUUAUUCGAGGAUUCCGACGAAUCGGCUGAUCAUCUUUUGUGUGGUUGCAGUGUAGCGAAUCAUGUUUGGUGCAUGGUGUCUCGUUGGUGCAGGGUUAGUCCGAUUUUUGUGUUUUCGGUUAGAGACCUCCUUGGCCUUAGUGAUUUUUCGGGCCUAGGGGUGUUGGCUAAAGAGGCGUUUCAUGGGAUUCUCAUAGUUGGGGCGUGGUGUAUCUGGAAGGCCCGGAAUAACAAAAGAUUCAAUAAUACUCUUAAAACGGCUCAUGAUAUUUUUUUAGAUAUUAGAAGUCUCGGAUUCCUAUGGUAUAGAAAUAGAUCAAUGAAUAAAGCCAUUAGUUGGGCUAACUGGUGCUCUUUCGAUUUGAUGUAA